CUCAGGCUCUCAACACACUGCCCCAUCAAGUUAUCAACAUGUUGGCGAGUUGAGAAUUACGCUCUAGCUUCUCUCUAAGAAAGUCACGGACCUUCAAAAGUUUCGGACCUUCUUAGGUUGCUCGUUACUUCCUUGCUCUUUCAUGCUUAAUCCCACGAAUUAAUCCCUGAAAAUCUUUGUUUCUCUAACUCGAAAACCGAUUCCCUUUCACUUCCACCGACUGGUUUUGAAAGAGAUUGAUUUUUUGAGAGGAGAUAGACGAUUUUGGAAAUUCCAGUUCGCGGAUCUACUGUUCAUACCCGAAAUAGAAAGUGAGCUUGGAUCUAUAAUCUGACGGUUGUUGGUGGAAAAGGAAACUUGCUUGGGGGUCGCCGGCCUCUGGCGAACCUCCGGCACCCGGGCUCCAACCGCCACUCGCCGCCGUACCGGAAUUACCAGAGAUCCGUUGGGGCGGUGUACUGUUCACAACGAACGUUGACUUCCAGAUUUCUCCAAACUCUAUCGUUCAAUUUCAAAUCUGAAGCCUGUUUUGGAUUCAUCUGAGCAAGGCGAGCUUAACAACACCGGUUUUGUCAAAUUUGGGUGAGAUUUCAUCUUCCCCCAAAUUUCUUGGACACUGUAGCUAACUCGCAGGUUAUUUUACUUUGUGAAUUUUCCUGCAUUAAUUACUUGUCCAUUUGGGUUGCUACUUCUUGUGUUGUGCUUGCUGCUAUCUGGGGAACAAAAUAUAUUUUUCUCAGAAUUUUUGGCAUAACUCCAAUUUUCGAGGAUACUAUUCAUCUCCCCCUUUCCUGGAACUGCUCGCUACAGUAAAUCCUGCACGCCUGGGACUAGUUAGGAAUUUUUUCUGGAUUCCAUACUGGUCCUUUGGUGUUAAGGCUUACACUGGUGUGUUCCUCUCUUCAAGGGGGUUGUGUGUGAGUAUUUUCAUAAUUUUUGGAGUUGUUUUGGGUGGGCUGAUUGGGUUCGUUGCUACUGCUUGCCUUUUGGUUGUGUGUUUGCUUUGGUGCUAACAUUUCAGGUAGACUUAUACCUGGGCCAUGAGCUGCUGAUAAUGACAAAGAACAACAAGAAAAACCGCACCCCCCCUCCAAAGGAUAGCACCUUUGAUGCGAGGAUCAAACUACUAAAUGAAAAGAAGAAGGAACUUGAGGAGAAAAAGAAGAUGGGUGUCCAAGGUGGUGUGCCUUAUAUUCCCAAAAUUGCUCCUAGUCUUACUAUCAACCCUCCACAUUCAAAGGUGGAAUCCUCUAAGGAGAUUUCUCUUGUGAAGCCAAUGACCUCUUCAUCCGAAGAAGUUGACAUUGUUUCUCAAAAGAAGAAGGGGUUGGUAGAAGAUGAUUCGGUGACUCUUGGAUCCAGUGAUACUUAUUCCGAGGCCAGUCAUGAUGCUACAUCAAAGGAGGACAAAGUGGAAAAGAAGGAGUGGGCCAACUUGUUUCAAAACAAUCGGUCUAUUUCCCAUGGAAUGAAACUUGAGUAUAUCCCGCCAAAGGGAGAUAUCGUUGAUUUUUCAAACCGAAAGGUGCCCUCCAUAAUUGAUAUAUGGGGCUAUUGCUUGGUGGGGAUUUUCUCCGGGAGGUUCCCCGGGUUCAAAGCAGUGCUUGAACUAAUCAAGAAAUGGGGUGUUCCUUGCAAAUUGAAACAACAUGACAAGGGAUGGAUCAUCUUUCAAUUUAAAAAUGAAGAGGACCGAACCAAAAUCAUUUCCGGAGGGCCUUACUCAUCUUAUGGAAAGGCUCUUUUCCUAAAGGUCCUAUCCGAUGAUUUUGAGGUUGAUGAUGAAGAGUUUCUUAAAGUCCCGAUUUGGGUUAAACUACCCGGGCUCUCGGUCACUUUAUGGAACAAGGAGGAGAUAAGUGAGCUUGCAUCGCGUGUUGGAGUACCAAUUGUGGCGGACCAAGUUACUCUCAACAAAACAAGGCCCAACUUUGCUAGGGUUCUUGUGGAGGUGGACCUGUCGAAACCCCCGGUCCUUCAAAUCCCUAUGAUUCAACCAUCCGGGAAAAAGAGGACCCAAUUUGUGAAAUAUGAAGCUUACCCCAAUUAUUGCUAUGAAUGCAAAUCAUACGGCCAUGACCCUUUCAUUUGCAAAGUUCUUCAUCCGGAACUCAAGGAGAUGGACAAGGAAGAGGUGACUACUUCCAAAGACACUCCAAGAGAGAAAGAAAAACCUAAGAUGAUUACAUAUGUGGAACCCGAGGAGCCCCUCUUCAAAUUGGUGUUACCUAAGAAGAACAAAAAUGUAGUGUCAUCUUUGACAACAAAGAACCCGGCUGCCACCAUGCCAAAGCAGCCCGCUGCCCCCUUUGUGCCAAAGAAAAAUCCCGGUAAGGAGGUUAUUUGGAGGGGAAGAAGAAUCGAGAGUGUGCACCAAAUGUACCCGGAUGACAUUGUGGUUGACUUUGUGACCGAAAAGGAUGGAGCAAGAGUUGUAUUUGUCAAGAAAAGGCACCAAAUCAAAGGGAAUCCCCCCAUUGCUAAGCUUGAUGUUCAUACGCUAGAGGAGGCUCAAGAGGAUUCCCCGGCUAUCUCGUUCACGGACUCUUGCUUGGUGGCACUACCGGAUGUAAAGCGUGCCAAAAAGUGGUAUGAAUUUAAUAAAGAAAUUUUUAUUCCUAACAUUGUGUCUUUCUUUGACUUUGAAGCUAGCCAUAAUUUGGAAUAUGCACAAGAAAUGGCCCGUGCACUAGAAGGUGAGGCAAAGAUUAGUGCGGAAAGGCAAGCUAAGGCAAGGGCCGCGGCUCAAAGGCGGGACCCGGUUUAUGUUAGGAAAAAGCCAUACAAGGAUUGGGGAGAGCGGUUGGUCCAUAGUGUGUAUGAACUGGAUGAUGAGGAUGUGAUCACAAGUAUGGAGUUUGAUGAAGAUGGCCAUAGAACUGUGUAUGCGGGGAAGAGGGAAAUGCUCCCGUUUAGCAUGCCAAUCUACCGAGUGGGUUCGGAUUUCAAGAAGGCCAAGUUGGAAGACCCCGGCAUGACUUUCACCCUUGAUUGCCUACGUGAACUUCCGGGAGUAAAGCGUAAAGGAUCAUGGUACUCUUUUGACACUUCACUUUUUAUUCCUAAGGUUGUGGCUUUCUUUGAUGAUGACAGUGAAGAGAAUAUGGCGGCUCGAGCAAGAAUAGAGGAAGAGAAAAGAAAAGGAAAGGGGGAAGAGGAAGAGGUGGAGCCGGAGGUAGACCGCACCUCCAACCAUGAUGUCUCCAAUGAUUAGAGCUGCCUCGUGGAACGUGAGAGGUUUGAAAAAGCCUUCCAAACACCCUACUAUUUCGAAUUUUAUUAAAUCAAAUAAUGUUUGCUUAUGUGGCCUUUUAGAAACAAAAAUGGCAAAAACUAACAUUGCUAAUUAUGUUUCUAAUAAAUGGCCGGGUUGGUUAUUUAAAACUAAUCAUGAUUUUAUUGAAGGGGGGCGAAUACUUGUUCUUUGGAACCCCAAUUUAAUUUCGUGUACGUUGAUUGAAAUGGGGGAACAACACAUACACUUCCAAUGCCUAUGCCGAACGUCGCAAACUGUUUUCUUUGCUACAUUUAUUUAUUCUCUCUACACGGUUUUGCAACGAAGGGCCUUAUGGGAGCACCUAGCGAUACUUGGGGACCAAAUUAAGGACCCCUGGUUUAUCGCGGGUGAUUUUAAUUGUGUUUGUUCUCCAAAUGAAAGGUUGGGCUCACCUACACCCGCAAACUAUCUCCUAAAGGAUUUGGUUGAUUUCAAGGUCCAAGCUUGCCUUAAUGAUGCCCCAUCCACGGGGGAAUUCUUUACGUGGAAUAAGGGAUCACGCUGGGCAAAACUGGACCGGGUGUUACUCAAUGAGACGUGGGCUCAAUUGGGAAUCCAAUGCAAGGCCCAUUUCGCGGAAAUGGAGGUUGAGUUUGACCACACGGCCUCCGUGGUGUCUAUACUCGGUAAUCCCUCUCAAAGGCCGAAAGCUUUUAAGUUUUAUAACAUGUGGUUGAAGCAUUUGGACUUUACUAACAUUCUUGUGCAGAAUUGGAAUGUAUAUAUUCAUGGUUCGGCCCAAUUUCAAAUUGCAAGGAAACUUAAGAUGCUUAAACAGCCUCUUAAGAAUUUAAACAAUUUGGAAUUUGGCCACAUUUCUACUAAGGCAAAGAAUGCGAAGGUUGAAUUUAAAAGACUUAAUAAGCUACUGCUUGCCUCACCUGAUGAUGCCGAGCUCAUGGAGCAAGUGUGUGAGGCGAGAAAGAAGGCCACCUUUCUAGGAGAGGCCGAAUGUAGCUUCUUCCAACAGCGUGCAAAGGCUACGCAUCUUCUUGAAUCCGAUAAGGGCACAAGAUAUUUUCAUGCUAUUGUCAACAGGAACAGGGCCAAGAACACUAUCACCUCUGUUAUGUUGGAAAAUGGCAGCCUUACUACGUGUAUUGACCAUGUUGGAAACGAAUUUGUUAAAUACUUUGUUGAUUUAUUUGGAACCGAGAUGGAAACCAUCUCCCUUGACCAAUCGGUACUUGGAACCGGCCCCUUGAUUGAACAAGAUGUUCAUGAUAGCCUAUUAUCUCCGAUAACGGACAAAGAAAUUAAAGAUGCUUUGUUUGAUAUUGGGGAUGAUAAGGCACCGGGGCCGGACGGUUAUUCCUCGGCCUUUUUUAAGAAAAAUUGGAAUAUUGUGGGGGGGGGAUGUGACCAGUGCGACCAAGGAGUUUUUUAACUCGGGGAACUUGCUUAAACAGUUAAACCAUACCGUGAUAGCAUUAAUUCCCAAGUCUAGUCACUCCCCUAGGGUCUCAGACUAUAGACCCAUUUCUUGCAUGAAUGUGUUGUACAAAAUUAUUACGAAGAUACUAGCGGCGAGAAUUGUCCCUACCCUACCGGGUUUGAUUAAUGAAGCACAAGGUGCUUUUGUCGAUGACCGCCUAAUGUUUGAUAACAUUUUCCUAGCCCAGGAACUUGUUAGAGGAUACAAUAGGAAGCGAAUCUCACCAAGGUGUAUGAUCAUGGUGGAUUUGCGAAAGGCCUAUGACACCAUAUCAUGGGAUUUUCUCCAUAAUGUCCUAUUGGGACUGGGUUUCCCGGCCACAUUUGUAGGUUGGAUUAUGGAAUGUGUGUCAACUGCAUCAUUUUCGGUCUCUUUAAAUGGCUCUUUGUAUGGUUUUUUUAAAGGCAAGCGUGGCAUACGGCAAGGGGAUCCAAUGUCCCCUUUGCUUUUUGUCUUAUGCCUCGAAUAUUUCUCUCGCCUCCUCACAAUGAGGACUAAACAGGGGAGUUUCAAUUUCCACCCACAAUGUUCGUCUCUUGGUAUUACGCAUUUAGCCUAUGCAGAUGACCUAAUGCUCUUCUCGAGAGGUGACACAUUUUCCAUAAGAAUACUGGUUGAUGCUCUCAAGGAGUUUGGGGAUGUAUCCGGGCUUAGGGUAAACCAUGACAAAUCCAACAUCUUUGUUGGAGGGGUGAGGGAUUUGGAAUUACAAAACAUCUUGGACCUCGUUGACUAUGGGCAAGGCACGUUCCCGGUUAGAUACCUUGGAAUCCCCCUUGCCCCCUUAAAGGUCUCGGUUGCACAAUAUGCACCUCUAAUUGAAGUGAUCCAGGAUUUCCUAAAUGCUUGGAACACAAAAACAAUAUCCUAUGCUGGGAAGAUUGAGCUAAUUCGGUCUGUAAUCCAAGGAGUACAAUCGUUUUGGCUCCAAGUCUUUCCGGUCCCCCAAGCUAUUUUGGAUAGAAUCGUUUCCAUUUGUAGAAUUUUUUUAUGGGGAGGGAAGUUUGCAAAAGUCGCAUGGGAUGAUAUAUGCCUACCAAAGGCCGAAGGUGGGCUAGGUAUCCAUAAUGCGAAAGUUUGGAACCAUGCACUCCUUUCACGCCUUAUCUGGGACGUUCAUAACAAAAAAGAUACCUUAUGGGUUAAGUGGGUCAAUGGUGUCUACCUCAAAGGUAGAAGUGUGUGGGACUUUGUCCCACACAGCCGGGAUUCCCAACUAAUGAAGAGAUUGGGUCUAAUUAGAGACAAACUGAAGGGAUGUUUUAACAAUUUGAAUGAUACCAUCCUUGGCCUCAAUUCAAGGGCCAUAAAUGGGAAAUUAGUCUCGGGAAAAAUAUAUGAUCUUCUAAGGGUAAAGGGUGAGACUAGGACUACAAUGAACUUCAUUUGGAAAUCCUAUGUCCCCCCAAAGUUUUCCUUUAACGUAUGGUUGGCUUUGCGAAACCGGCUUCCUACACAGGAUAGCCUCGGUUACCUAUAUAUUGUUAACAGAUGUGAUUUGUGUAAGGGUGGAUUGGAAACAAUUCCACACCUAUUUUUCCAAUGUCUUUUUGCAGGAAGGGUAUGGAGUCAAAUUAGAAAUUGGAUGGGUUUUGGCCACCAAAUGACCACCCUUUUGAGCUCAAUAAAGUGGAUCAUGAAGGAACAUAAAGGCUCAAGGCUAAAGGCGAAGGCAACAAGAUUGGCGUUCUGUGCCACGGUUUACUACGUUUGGCGGGCUAGGAAUGCGUGUAGAUUUGAUGGAAGCAUGCCAAAAGAAGAAGAGAUCGUCGCAAAGAUAAAGCAUGUGGUGUACAAAAUAUUGUACUCUCUAUACCCACAUGACUUGAUUGGAUUUUGAAGUUUGGAUAUGUGAGAGAACAUUAGUGAGGCCGCGGCAUACGACUUGGACUUGAAUGGUUGCAACCCAUAACACGAUGGCUAUUUUUUUGAUUUUAUGACUUUGAGGUGAUCUGUGUGCGUGCAUAUUGGCAGCACCGAUUAUUUUUGAUGUUUGAGGCAUUUAGUAUUGUAUACUUAGGCCUCUGAUUUUUGGAAUUAGAUAUAGAUCGAAUAAAAACCUCUCUUCACCCCUACACUAGGUAGGGGUGGGGGGGGGGGGGUUUUGGGAGAUCUAGCUCUUAGUUUUCUUGGAUGUACAGUUUUCUUUGGGUGCUAAUAUAUAUUUACAUUC